AUGAAAGUAAACGAAUCUAAAAUGAUGUCUGUAAGGGCUCCAAUAAUUACAGUCAAGUUCAGUGGAAUGGUGAAUGGGAAAACCAACAUCGAUAUCGACUAUUCAACAAGAAGUAAAACAAUUUGUUCAAAUUUAGAUUACGAAUGUCUUGAUAAGUCAAACUGUUUCAACCACGAUCAAAUAUGCGACUUCCAGUUUCAAUGCAAAGAUCAUUCAGAUGAAUUUAGUUGUGGUAAUUGUCAUAAGAACAAUGUCCCAUGUAACAUAAGUAUGAUAAACUGCUUUAACUUAAACGAUAGAUGCAAUGGAGUUAAUGACUGUCCAAAUCAUGAAGACGAAUUGAACUGUUCUAGAUAUACUUGCACAUCCUUUGGAACGUUUCUUUGUGAUAACAAAAAAUGCAUACUGAGAAGUUUAUUGGAGAACGGAGUUGAUGACUGUGGAGAUAGAUCUGAUGAAUUUUAUGCUGAUAAUUUUAUACUGGGCGUCAUAUUGUUAGCAGCUAUACUUUUAACAUGCUUAUUUUGCACUGUUAUUUCGAGAUUUUACUCUAGGAGAGAUGAAAUUAACAGAAUACGUCUAAGAAAUGUGCCGGAAGAACCACGUGUUCCGUUUUUGGGACCUGGUGAAUUCAGAGACUAUCAGGUUGGUGGUGAGGUGUAUGAAGGUUACGUCCAAUCAAGAAGAAUGGAUGAAAUAAGGGAAGAUAGAAGAAACCAAGAAAGACGUGAAAAUGUUACGGUUAUGCCAAUAGAGAUUAAAGCUGAUACUGAUGAGGCUGCCUUGGCUGGUCUAGGUGUUCCAGAAAAAGCAUUGGAAGAAUUACGCAAGAGAUCGAAAAGUGUAUUGGAGUUUAGGGAAAAAGUGGUUGCAACUUCUAAAAGUAAAAGCGGAAAACCUGGAAAAACUAAAAAAAGAUUGUUGGUACACUACAAAGAUUCCGAAGAUUUGCUAAGGGAAUAUGGUGAAAUAAUUGGCGAUUCCAGAAACAGUACAUUUUUUGUAAACAACAAUUACAAUAGUGAUAGUGAAGGGAUGAGUGAAUUAGGUUCAGGUGAUGAUGAUGAAAUUAACAGACCCAAAUAUAAACCAAAAUUUAAAAAAUCAACAUUUGUACUAAAGCGGAGUACAGAAGAGAAUAUGACAACAAAUUACAAUUAUUUGGUUUCCUCACUAUCCAACAAAUCAAUAAUAAUAAACGAAAAUAAUGAAGACCAUCCACACACUUCAAGAGUUAAUUAUGGAAAACGUAGACUAAAUGAAGCCACUUCAAAAAUAAUUUUUUCACCUUCAUGUGGAUUGUUUAAUGAUCAAGCAAAAAUGAAAACAUUAGGAACCGCCAGGUCGCUAUCUGAUUAUCACGCUAUGAAAAACAAAAUUAGAUAUUUUCAAUUAAACUACGAUCACGAAAUUGAAUUAGAACCUGUUGGAGUCGAUGUCGAAACGCCUAAAAGUGGACUUGUUUCAUUAGACAAAGCAAUGUCUAGCCUUGAUGUAAAAAGCAAGGAGAAACAAAUUGAUUUUAGUAGAUUUAAUGAGAAUGAUGAGAGCAAUGAUCUGUAA